AUGGAGAGUAUUUCAAAUAAAAGUGAAUUUUGGCAAUUUAACGAAUCCUGGCAGAACCCAAGUCUCAUUAACGGGACCGGUUUAUUGAAUCAGACGAACCCUCUGAAGCGGAACGAAGAGGUGGCGAAGGUAGAGGUGACUGUGCUCGCUCUGGUGCUGUUUCUGGCGCUUGCGGGGAACCUGUGCGUCCUGCUGGCCAUCCACACCACCAAGCACAGCCAGUCCCGCAUGUACUACUUCAUGAAGCACUUGAGCAUCGCCGAUUUAGUUGUGGCGAUAUUUCAAGUUCUCCCUCAACUUAUCUGGGACAUUACAUUUCGGUUCUAUGGACCGGACAUUUUGUGCAGGUUGGUGAAAUACCUACAGGUCGUUGGGAUGUUCGCCUCCACUUACAUGUUAGUUUUGAUGUCCGUAGACAGGUGUUUGGCAAUUUGUCAGCCUCUUCGUUCUUUGCACAGGAUAAAAGACCGUUUUUAUGUCAUCUUUUCCUGGGUCCUGAGCCUGCUCUUCAGUAUCCCGCAGAUGUUUAUUUUCUCCCUGAUCGAGGUUGGCUCGCCCGGAUCAGGAGUGUAUGACUGCUGGGGCGACUUCGUGAAGCCUUGGGGAGCCAAAGCUUACAUCACAUGGAUCAGUCUCACUAUAUAUAUCAUUCCAGUGGCGAUACUGAGCAUUUGCUACGGGUUAAUAAGCUUCAAAAUAUGGCAAAACUUUAAACUGAAAACCAGGCGGGAGCAGUGUAUAAGCCUGACACCCAAAGCCUCCAAAUGCAAUACACUGACCCGCGUGAGCAGCGUUAAGCUCAUCUCCAAGGCAAAGAUAACCACAGUGAAAAUGACUUUUGUGAUCGUCUUGGCCUAUAUCGUCUGUUGGACCCCAUUUUUCUCUGUCCAAAUGUGGUCUGCGUGGGAUCCAGAAGCGCCCCGUGAGGCCAUGCCCUUCAUCAUCUCCAUGCUGCUGGCCAGCCUCAAUAGCUGCUGUAACCCCUGGAUCUAUAUGUGCUUCGCCGGGCAUCUGUUCCAGGAUCUUAGGCAGAAUUUUUUGUGCUGUUCCACUCGCUACCUCAAGUCAUCCCAGUGCCACUGUGAGCGUGACUUUGACUCCAGUCACAAGAGCAACUCCUCAACCUUUGCCAUUAAGAGCACUAGCAGUCAGAGGAGCAUCACACAGACUUCCACAACAUAA